GUUGGUCGACCUGGAUCAUCACCACAAGCACGUGCUCAGCUUCGUGUGAAGGUGGAUCUAGAACGGUGUCCAGAACCAGACGCUGCAACAGUCCCGUUCCAAGAUUCGGCGGCAAUAACUGUGUAGGGACCUCUGAUGAUACAUACACAGAAACGUGUAACACAGGGGGAUGCUCAGAUCCAUGCAGAGGUUGUCGGUAUGCCAACGGUAUUGGAUAUUUGCCAGACCCCGAUGACUGUGCCCGGUUCAUACAGUGCCAGGAACCCAGACCAGGGACCAGUGCUAUUUUCCAUAACAUGCAAUGUAGUCCGGGUCUGUACUGGAACCAGCAACACUUGGUGUGCGAUUGGUCAGCUAAUGUUGUCUGCACAGUGGAAGCUGAAGAUGAAACAUUUGCCCCAUCGACUGCUGCACCGUCAACAUCUGCUCCACUGACUUCUGCUCCCUCGUCGUUGUGCGACGGCUCUACGAAGGCAAAGUCUGGCAAUACUGCUCAGUAUCAGCAGCUGAUUCAUGGAAACUGGAUCACUAGAUACUGCGCUCCCGGAACUGUGUACUCAAGUGCAAGUUGCAGCUGCAUCACUGGCAAGAAUGUCGCAUCCCCAGUUUGUCAGGCCGAGGUUUACCUUCCUUUCAACAGCGACGUUAAUGACAAUUCUGCCAACCACAACUACGUACAAAACACUGGUAUUGUUACUACAAGCAGAGGCCACGGCGUCUUCAGCAACAACACCCAACUCCGCAUCCUGCGUUUCUCCAACAUGCAUUUCGGUAACACCUUAAUCAUCUCCUUCUCCUUCAAACAAACUCAGACAACAAGCAAAACACAGGCUAUCGUCACCAACGACGACUGCGGACACGGGGGCAGCAUCUACAUCACCACCCAGCGGUCAACUGUCUACUUUCGUGUUGUGAACAGCAACAACGUCACACAUACUUUGAAUAUAACUUACACAGCCACGACGUCCCUGAAUGAGGUGAAGCUGAUCAUCAAGAAUGGGCUGAUGAAAGCAGAAGUCAAUAGCUCCAGCAAACAGAGGGCAUUUGAUGGUAACAUCGGGAAAAGCCAGUGUGCAAUGCAGAUUGGGUACGGUACUGGCCUCGACUUCGUCCACGGUGUCCUGGAAGAAUUCAAAGUUUUCAUCUGCGAUCCAUAGAGCCGGUAGUUCAACACAGUGAUUCAUCACGUGGGUCCAUGAAGUGCUGCUUUUAUCUCGAUAUCAAUAUUAAAAUGUAUAGUACACUA